ACAAGCCUUUUUCAAGAGGUGCAACUUCGGAGUAUUUGUCUUAAAAAGGAAACCCAACAGUCCAGGUGUUUGGAGGACUUGGAGUUAACUCAACCUUCUGGAUCUGUCACUGGGCUACAGUGCUUGAAGUGAUGUCAAUGUGUCUUUAAAGGAAGUCAAAAUAUUGGCCUAUCUUCAAAGAGUUGUGAUAAUUUAAAAGGACAGCUUGAAAUUUAACUUAGCUGGGCUAUAGAGCACCAACCCGGCAUCAGCAAAACACCUGAAGAAUUUAAUGCCAAUUUGAAGAUUAGAAGAUAGCAUACUAUCGACUGAGAAGCAGCUGGAGUUUUUGGAAAAGAAUCCGGAUUCUGAAACAAUAGCACACAGUGAAUUCCUUAAAACUAACAACAGGCCGGGACAGACUUACAGACGCAAUGCUUAACAGAGCAGCAGCUGUUUUUGUGAUGAAGGUGGUUUUAAUCAAGCUGAUGCUAUAUGGAGUACAAGUUAAUUCAGCACCCACUGAGAGAAGUGAAGAAAUGGCUGAAACAACAGGCUUUGGGAAAAUGGCAAAUCCUCUACCAGCUGACACUGUUGCAUCAUCAGUCCUGUUAAAACCCUCCCCGUUAAAUCCAAGUCAACACAUGAAAUGCUGUUUUUUAAGCAUAAAAUCAGCUGGGCUUGAUAGAACAACAAAAAACACAGAAAAAAUGACUCCAACAAGUAUGACUACUGGCAUCAUGCCUGGAAGAUCACAUACAAGCACAGACAUAGCCAGAACAGAUAAUCGAGCGAAGAUCCUGAAGAUGAUCUCAGCCCUCGCAGAGCUGCACAAGACCUUUAACAGCACUAUGAGCUCACAAAUCACUCUCAUCUCUCAUGCAAACAGCAGAAAUCCCAGAAGAAAAAGUAAAGUGCAUCCUGCUCCAGAGAGAGGAGUGAAGACAACUACUGCCACCCCGCCAGCCUUGGAGACCACUGCUUCUGGAGCAAGCCCAGACUUUUGUGCCCUGAGUCUUUCAGGUCGAAACGUCAGGAAGUCUCUGCCACCACAGAACAAGAAGACCAAUAAAAGAGUGUGUUUCUGGAAGUACUGUUCCCAGAACUGAUGUCUUCCAGCUAACACUGGUGUCCACUCCCCACUCAGCAUCCAUGUCUGAUCUUCCUACCAGUGAUAUAUUUUUGGCUAAGCAUCAACGCAACCAUCUACCCCAAACAACAUUUCAAAAGAAUCACAUGUGUUCUCUUUUUUCUCUCUCUCCUUCUUGUUGCAUCUAAAUGUCAAUAAUGUUUGGUUAUUUUCCAGCAUUGUAAUGGUUACAUAGAGGUUCUCAUCAGUGCAUGUAGAACAAUAUCUGCUACAAUGACAGGCUAACUGCACUGAAUGCUGUGAGUGUAUCAUACAUCCCUUCCUCUGCUGUGUCUUUUCUCUGACUUGUGCUAGGAGACUGUUGCUGGGCAUCAGGAGGCACCGUACUUACCCACAGGCUGGCGCCAGCCUUGACUUGGCCUUUUUCAUUCACUCAUUUAUUAACAAGACUGACUAAUCAAAAAAAACGAUGUGUGCUCGUGGCCAGGGCACAUGAACCGACACCUUUGUUAACACGUUCUGUAAAAGGACGGGCACAUGUCACUUUUGUAUGUGUGCCAUGUUCAAAAUAAAGUUCAUCUGUAGCAUGACAAACAGCAGCCAUGAUGAUGAUGUAUAAAUAUUUCAUCAGCUUUGAUUUUCUUUACUUUCACUGUCAAACUCUGAUUCAAAGUUAUGUUAGAAAAGCUGCUUAGUUAAUUAAACCUGAUGUUAUUAAAUGAAGAGGAGAUCUUUGGGGCUUUUGUUGAGUUUAACUCUAAAACUUGAUUCACAAAGAUUUAAAGAGCUGUCUGCAAACUGGAACAAGUUG